AUGGCCGCGAAAUCUGAUGGUACAACCGUCUCUCUACGAAACGAAAUCCCACCCGAGUGUCCUCCCAGGUCGGACCCGCGGCCUCCCCAGCGCCCUUCCGCCGAGCAGCGCUACUCGCUCCCGGACUUCUGCUGGACGCUGUGCGCCCUUUUGGUCUUCUUCUCGGACGGGGCCUCAGACCUGUGGCUGGCCGCGGACUACUACCUAAGGAGGGACUACUGGUGCUUUGCACUGACUCUCGUCUUUGUGAUAGUUCCGUCCGUGGUCGUGCAAGUGUUGAGCUUCCGAUGGUUCGCCUACGAUUUCUCGGAAAGCUUAGAGAGCGGCACGGCUGCCGCAGCCGUGGUGGCGGCGUCGGGAGCGGAGGAGAGCGACUUCAGCACCAAGGACAGCGGCGAGCGGGGCGCUGGCCGCACUGCUGCGGCCGGGGUGCUGCCUGGGCCGGGCACCGGGGGAGGAGCCCGGGGCUGCUGCAGAGUCUUCAUGUGGCUCUUCCAGGCCAUCAUUCACAUCUUUCAGCUGGCACAGGUCUGGCGGUACGUCCACGCCCUGUAUUUGGGUGUGCAGAGUCGCUGGCACAGGGACCCCGAGCGCCGUCACUACUACUGGUGCAUGAUGUUUGAGAGCGCCGAUAUCAGCAUGUUGCGUCUGCUUGAGUCCUUCCUGAAGAGCGCCCCUCAGCUGGUGCUGCAGCUUAGCAUCAUGAUCCAGGCCAGUCAAGUGCUGCCCCUUCAGGGGCUUUCAGCUUCUGCCUCACUGAUAUCCCUCGCCUGGAUGAUCGCCUCCUAUCAGAAAGUCUUGAGAGACUCCCGAGACGAUAAGCUACCCAUGACCUACAAAGCCGUCAUAGUUCAGAUUCUGUGGCACCUGUUCACCAUCGGAGCCCGCACUCUGGCCUUCGCCCUGUUUGCCUCUGUGUUCCAGCUUUACUUUGGCAUCUUCAUCGUGGCCCACUGGUGCAUCAUGACGUUUUGGAUAAUUCAAGGUGAAACGGACUUCUGCAUGUCCAAAUGGGAGGAGAUCAUCUAUAAUAUGAUGGUGGGCAUCAUGUAUGUUUUCUGCUGGUUCAGUGUGAGAGAGGGGCGCACUCGUUGUAGGAUGCUGAUCUACAGCCUGACUGUGUUCAUUGAGAAUGUGGCGCUCACCACUGCCUGGUACCUCUACCGCAGCCCUCGUACCUCAGACUUCUACGCCGUCAUCAUGGUGUGCGUGGUGGCCAGCAGCUACGCUCUGGGCACCUUCUUCAUGUUUGUGUAUUACUGUCUGCUGCACCCUGACGGCCCGGUCUCAGGGUGGGGUUAUAUUGUGGAGAAGGAGCUGCCUGUGGAGUCGCUGGCCUCCCCAGUUUCCAGCCUCCCGCCAGACCUGGUGAGCAGCCCCCCUAGGACCCUUCAGAGAACUAAAGGGUCUGACAGAGAGCAGGGGACUGGGGUAGAUGGAGACGUGUUUCAAGUACGACCACCUCGGGGAGCUCAGGUUGCAGUGCCCAACCUCACACCCAGGACAGAGGGACCUGUCAUCCGAAUAGAUCUGCCCAGGAAGAAGUACCCCGCCUGGGAUGCUCACUUCAUCGACCGCCGGCUGCGUAAAACCAUCCUGGUACUUGAAAGCGCUGCCCCGGUCACGCCAAGGAUUCAGUACCGCUGUCUGGGCACACCCAAAGAAGUGAUGGAGUAUGAGACCACUGUGUGAUGUGUUGAAGGUGCUGUGACUCAGCUCGCUGCCAUGUGGACGCCCUGCCUUAAAUAAAAUGGCAGGUGGAUGACUCUCCCUGAGCAGCCUGUUUUCAGCUCCACGCCUACUUGGUUGCUCUCGGUACUGUCAAGAAAUGGAGACAAACAGAAAGGGAAUGGUGGAACAGAAAUGGUGUCUAUUUUUUACAAAGACAAAGUGCUGUGAUGUUGUCUAAUGAUGGUGCAUAUUUUGGUUUCUGUAUCAUUUCUCAGGUCAGGGUGUGGUACAGGAAGAGGUCGAUGUUGGCAGCAAAGUCUGCUGUCCAGUGAACUUAGAGAGAAGCACAGGUAGGCGGAGAAGUGGAGCUUAUCAAUCAGAGGCACAAAGUCCUCCUCGGCUGAAGGUGCUUCAGCACGCCCUCUCAAGGCGGCCGACAACAGAGACGGGGCUUCAACAUGCAUGAUUAUUUAUGGCAGCUAGAAGUGAAACAUCACUGAACACGAUGUAGGAGAGUGAGUAUGAGAGGAUAUGGUAAAACUCGCACUGUAAUUUUAAACACAAUCUACAAUAAAUACAACACAGGUAAUCAAAAUCAUAGUUUUCCAUAGCUACUCACUCAUGUUGAAGGAGUCUCUGAGAAUGCUGCUUCACAUCUGAAGGGCAGUUCAAAAGCAACAUUUGAGUUGAAUGUAAAAACAGUUGAAAAUGUGAUUAUUUGUGAAAAGGCUUCAAGCUUUUUCUUGCUGUUAGUGGGAUUUACAACGUCCCUGUGGUACUAUAUUUGUUAUUUCGAGGUAAGCUAGAACAAAAAAAAGAGAUUUGUGUGUGUUUACAAGCAAUCUGUUGUUUUUUGGGACAUGCCGUCACUAUUAUUCUAAUAAGAUGCACCUUCAUUCAGAAUGUGUAUGUACUGAACAAUAGCUACAUUAUGAUUUACAUUUACAUUUGCAGGUUGUGUUCUACGGAUAGGACUCUCAACAGUAAUUAAUUUCCAUGUAAAUUAAACUGUAAAAUUAAGAGUAAGUUACAGAGGGACAGCACAGUCUGUAAUUGUACUGUAUCAAUACUUUGUUGUCUGAAAAAAAGGGGAAAAAAACAAACACCAACCAUUAGCUGCGGACUCCAGACUCCUAAGAGAAUAGCUUUGAUAUUAUUGAUGGUACAGGCAUGUGGUACUUUUGGUAACACUUUAUUUUACAGGUCCGUUAUUUCCUAUAAUUUCCUCAAAACCUUGCUAGAAAGAGAUAUUUAAUUUGAUACAAAUAUUAGAGUCAAAGAACGACACUGUUAAUUUUAUGAUGAGUUUUAAAGCAGUUGUUUAUUUCCACAGGAAUUUCCUUGAAAGAACUGCACUAUUUAAACUCAAGAAAUUAUUUAUUCAUCAUCCACUUAUUACUGCAAUUGUCAUUCUUCUUAUGUGUGACUGAUAAAGUCAUAGUUACGCUAGCUUAGUAUUUAAUUGGCAUUGAUUAUUUGGUAGUUUAUCAAAUAAACACUGAAUAACAAAGUUCUGUCCAGGAACCUUAUAAGGAAAUUAUUAAGACCUCAUGGACCUGUAAAAUAGAGUGUUGCCAUACUUUCUUUUAUCAGGGUUGUUUUGGAACCGUGCGUGUGUGUCUGUGUAUGUUUGCGUGUAUGUGUGAGCUCACAUACCAGCAUGCAUAUGGGUGUAUGUGAGGAAGAGUCCUGCCAUGUGCAUUUAAGUUAAUUUGUAAUUGUGUCACUGAGAUAUGACAGUUUUGUUGUAAACACUGUCCAGUCAGCUCAGUUUUCCCAGAUGACACUAAAAUAAAUAAAGCCCACAAAGCAUUAUUACCACCCUUGUUGCAGUAACAAAGCCAGAGAGGCUUCAUUUAUGGUGCUAACUGUUCAAAUCCAUCACGUAACAACCACACAGUGUACCAUAAAAUGGGCUUGUUGUGGCAGGAGUUGGGCGGGGCUGUACCUCACACACAAACGCAAAGCUAGAAUCAAAAAGCCUUAAACUGGUCAUGCCUGACUGUUGCUGUUCAGAGCAAGAAAAAAAUUAACAAGAAGGAGAAGACAAUUUCAUUAUGUUGUUGUUGCAAAAAAUAAAGAGCAAAGUGUUUACCUGAC